AUGUGGCUGCUGUUGAUCCAGUUCUUCACCAGUGGCUCGUUUAUUGUAUAUAGCGGCAGAUUUCUGUCGAUUUCGCUACCCAAAAUGCUCGAAAAUCUCAGAAAAUUCUCUUUUCUGCCGCCAGUCAAAGAACCCUCGGCCAAAGUGUACCAAGCUGUGCUUCAAAAGUACCCGAAAUACCGAGAAGAAGAGAAAGAACAGACGUUGGAAUACAGAGACGAGGCAAAGCGAUCCAAAUGGGCCUUCUUCGACGAGUACGAGUACAGACAGACGCCAGUCAAGUCUCUAAAACGGUUUGGAUGGUUUGAUCCCGAAGAUACGCCUGCUGAACGACGUCUGAUUCUCAAGUUGGACGUGAUUCUCACAGCAUUCUGCUUCGUAGUCUACUGGAUCAAGUACCUGGAUCAAUCCAACAUCAACAAUGCCUAUGUUUCUGGUAUGAAAGAAGAUCUCGAUUUCAAAGGUAAUGAUCUGGUGACAACUCAAGCCAUGUACUCGGCAGGGGCCAUCAUCUUCCAGCUACCAUUCCUUUACAUCAUUCCCAAGUUUCCCAACAACUACAUUUUGCCGGUUAUGGACUUUGGUUGGGGUCUAAUGACUCUACUGCUUUACAAAGCCAAGAGUCCAGGUGGAGUGCAAGCGCUGAGGUUUUUUGUGGGGGCUUUUGAGGCCGCAUGGUAUCCGCUGAUGCACUAUAUGCUCGGAUCCUGGCUCAAGCCGAGGGAAAUCAACCGGCGAGCAGGUUUUGUUUACUGUGCUCAGUUUCUUGGAACCACAACUUCGGGUCUUUUGGCAGCAGCUGCAACCACUCAUUUGCACGAGUAUCUGGGCCACAAGGGCUGGCAAUGGCUGUUCAUUUUGGACGGCAUCAUUACGCUUCCCGUGGGUCUUCUGGGAAUCUGGAUUCUCCCCGGCACUCCUCAUAGAUGCACCUCCAUCUUCCUGACCGAAGAGGAAAUCGUGCUGGCUAGAGAACGACUGAGAAGAGGGCCCAAUGAUACCCACCAGCUGCAACUGUUUGACAAACAGCUGUGGAAAAACAUUCUCAACUCUUGGAAGCUGUGGAUCCCCCUGGCAACAGGUAUCGCCUUUUGGUGCUGCUGCCAGAUUCCAUCCAGUGGAGCCUUCAUUCUGUGGCUACACUCUCUGGGUCGGUACAACUCGGCCCAGGUCAACAACAUGUCAACUAUUGCCCCCGCUUUGGGCAUUGCUUGGGUCGCUAUAGUUGUCACAAUUGCCGACUAUGGCAACCGCUGGAUGGCCAUUGUUUUUGCCGAGCUGUGGGUCAUCAUUGGAGCGGUGAUUCUGGCGGUGUGGUACGUUCCCGAGUCCGCCAAAUGGCUAGCCUGGUGCACGUCGUACUUUGCCCUGAGUAUGUUGGCCUCGCUGUAUUCCUGGAUCAACGACAUUUGUCGUCAUAAUGCCCAGGAACGGGCCAUAAUAUUGCUGCUGGUCAACACAGUGGCGCAGACCUGUCAGACUUGGACUUCGGUGCUGGUUUUCAAGACGGUGGAGUCGCCCAGGUUCCUCAAGGGCUACUGCUUCUGUGCCGCCUUCUCCCUCAUUCUUGUGGGUAUGGUUUUUGUCAUGCUCUUCUUCUACAAGAGACAGGAGCGGAAGGAUGCCAGACUGAACGGUAUUGUCCUGUAUAAUUCGACUCUUGUUGAGUCUAUGGACACGGCAGAGGUCUCUGAGAGUGAUGGUAAGACCGAUUUCAAGGUAGAUAAGUAUAGUAUUUAG